CGCGCCCAGCGACCUGCGGACAGCCCCGAACCCUAAUCUGCACCCCGCAGAGUCUCCCCUGCCCCAUCCCGGCGUUGCAGUCACCGCCCGCUGCGCGCCACCCCCAUGCCCGCCGGUCGCCCGGGCCCCGCCGCCCAAUCUGCGCGGCGGCCGCCGAGGCCGCUGUCCUCGCUGUGGUCGCCUCUGUUGCUCUGUGUCCUCGGGGUGCCUCGGGGCGGAUCGGGAGCCCACACAGCUGUGAUCAGCCCCCAGGACCCCACGCUUCUCAUAGGCUCCUCUCUGCAAGCUACCUGCUCUCUAUACGGAGACACACCUGGGACCACCGCUGAGGGUCUCUACUGGACCCUCAAUGGGCGCCGCCUGCCCUCAGAGCUGUCCCACUUACUAAACACCUCCACCCUGGCCCUGGCCCUGGCCAACCUCAAUGGAUCCAGGCAGCAGUCAGGGGACAAUCUGGUGUGCCAUGCCCGGGAUGGCAGCAUUCUGGCUGGCUCCUGCCUCUACGUUGGCCUUCCCCCUGAGAAGCCUUUCAACAUCAGCUGCUGGUCCCGGAACAUGAAGGACCUCACUUGCCGCUGGACACCGGGGGCACAUGGGGAGACAUUCUUACACACCAACUACUCCCUCAAGUACAAGCUGAGGUGGUAUGGUCAGGACAACACAUGUGAGGAAUACCACACUGUGGGUCCUCACUCCUGCCACAUACCCAAAGACCUGGCCCUCUUCACUCCCUAUGAGAUCUGGGUGGAAGCCACCAAUCGUCUGGGCUCGGCCCGAUCUGAUGUGCUCACACUGGAUGUCCUGGACGUGGUGACCACGGACCCCCCACCCGACGUGCACGUGAGCCGUGUUGGGGGCCUGGAGGACCAGCUGAGCGUCCGCUGGGUCUCACCACCUGCUCUCAAGGACUUCCUCUUCCAAGCCAAGUACCAGAUCCGCUACCGAGUGGAGGACAGCGUGGACUGGAAGGUGGUGGAUGACGUCAGCAACCAGACCUCCUGCCGCCUAGCGGGCCUGAAGCCCGGCACUGUAUAUUUUGUCCAAGUGCGUUGUAACCCAUUCGGGAUCUACGGAUCGAAAAAGGCGGGAAUCUGGAGCGAGUGGAGCCACCCCACCGCCGCCUCCACCCCUCGAAGUGAGCGCCCGGGCCCGGGCGGCGGGGUGUGCGAGCCGCGGGGCGGCGAGCCCAGCUCGGGCCCGGUGCGGCGCGAGCUCAAGCAGUUCCUCGGCUGGCUCAAGAAGCACGCGUACUGCUCGAACCUCAGCUUCCGCCUCUACGACCAGUGGCGUGCUUGGAUGCAGAAGUCACACAAGACUCGAAACCAGCACAGGACGAGGGGAUCCUGCCCUCGGGCAGACGGGGCUCGGCGAGAGGCCCUGCCGGAUAAACUCUAAGAGCAAGCCAUCAUCCUCUUGCCUCUUGCAGACCGGAGGCUCGCCCCAACUCCUCCGUACUCGCUUCGGGGGAACCGGAGGAACAUCACUAGGGGCUGGGGCAAGCACAGUGAGCUUCCACAGCCACAGAUCUGGUCCGCAUGAUGGUCAGCUUGGGUGUACCCCAGUGUGGAUACGGUUGGAGUAAUGACUUUGGUGACCCAGGGUCCUCCAAGAGUCUCCUUAAAUAAAAGAGUUGUUCAGGUCC